GAAACUACGAAAUGGUUGAUACAGAAAUUGUGCUGCCGGCUGCUGAGCCGCAAGAAGUCAAGCUCUUCGGUAAAUGGAGCACCGAUGAUGUACAAAUUGGCGAUAUCAGCUUGAAUGAUUAUAUUGCUGUCAAGGAGAGACAUGCUACUUAUCUUCCACAUACUUCUGGUCGCUAUUCCGCUAAACGGUUUAGAAAAGCACAGUGCCCUAUCGUCGAGCGUUUAACUAAUUCUAUGAUGAUGCAUGGACGCAACAAUGGAAAGAAGUUAUUGGCUGUACGCAUUGUCAAGCACUCAUUUGAAAUUAUCCAUCUUUUAACCAAUGAAAACCCUUUGCAAGUUCUAGUGAAUGCAAUUAUCAACAGUGGCCCACGCGAAGAUUCUACCCGUAUUGGAAGAGCUGGUACUGUUAGACGUCAAGCAGUUGACGUUUCUCCAUUACGACGCGUUAACCAGGCCAUGUGGUUGCUUUGUACUGGAGCAAGAGAAGCUGCAUUUAGAAACCUAAAAUCAAUUUCCGAAUGUUUAGCUGACGAGCUUAUAAACGCUGCCAAGGGUUCUUCCAAUAGUUAUGCCAUCAAGAAGAAAGAUGAAUUGGAACGUGUGGCUAAAUCGAACCGUUAAGAAUAUUACCGAUUUCAUGUUUUAUAAUGUAAUGUAACCAAAGCAAAAUAAAAAAGAUUAGUUCA